AUGAAAGAGCUUUCUGGGAAACAGCUUAAUGAUGACUUUUUGCAAAAUUUAUGGAUGCAACGGAUGCCAGCCCAUAUCCAAACAGUUCUGUCUGCUUCUUCUGAAACACUUGAUCAGCUAGCAAUUAUAGCUGAUAAAGUCGCUGAGGUUGUUCAACCUAGUGCAAUCUGUGCUACUUCUGGAGCUGGAACAUCCUUGGAUCCCAGUGCCAUCACAACUGAAACCGUAGCCAGGCAGAUCGAAGAACUUACACGCCAAGUUUCUGAACUUUCCCAUGAUCGGAGGACAACUAGGUUCCGGAGUCGUUCAACCUCUCGCUCCAGAAAAACUGGGAUGACGGAAGUAUCCAAAAAGCCCAGUCGAUUAUUUCUUCACGACAGGAAGACUGGUCAAAAAUUUUUGAUUGAUUCUGGUAGUGAGAUCUCAGUGUUACCUCCUUCUCCUAAAGAUAAGAGAAACUGUUGUGAAACAUUUGCCCUUUUUGCUGCCAACAAUUCUAAAAUUCCUGCAUAUGGAUUCGUGCGCAGACAGGUCGACUUGGGUCUCCGGAAGCCCUUCUCAUGGACAUUUGUGAUUGCUGAUGUAACUUCUCCUAUCAUCGGUGCAGAUUUUUUGAAACAUUUUAAUCUUCUUGUUGAUUUGAAACGGCAGUGUCUUAUAAAUCCUGAAACUUCACUGUUUACUUAUGGCAAUGUUGCUCACAAAAGCCAACCUUCUAUUGUCACAGUUUCUGUUAAUUCAGAUUAUGACUCCUUGCUUUCUGAGUUUCCAGAUAUAACAAAUCCUACUCUAAUUAAGCAGACUGUUCCUCAUAACACAGUGCAUCAUAUCUUGACUCGUGGACCACCUGUGACUUCAAAACCGAGACGACUCCAUCCGAAGCUGCACGAAGCAGUGAAAUCUGAGUUCGAAUUCCUCCUGGAUCAAGGGAUAAUCCGUCCUUCCAAAAGUCCAUGGAGUUCACCAUUGCAUGUCGUCCCUAAGCAGGAUUCUACAGUUCGUCCGGUUGGAGAUUACCGCAAGCUGAAUUCUGUGACUGAUUUUGAUAGUUAUCCUAUUCCGUACCUUCAAGACUUUGCUCAUUCACUCUACGUGGAGCAUAAGAAGCACUUGCAUGCUAUAUUUCAAAGACUGAGUACUUAUGGUCUCAAGUUAAAUGUUUCAAAAUGUGUGUUUGGUGUCACUGAGUUGGAGUUUCUUGGUCACCAUAUAAGCCCAGAAGGGGUUAAACCCUUGCAAAAUAAAGUCCAAGCAGUCCUAGAUUUUAAGUUGCCUGAAACUAUUGGUAAUUUGCGUAAGUUUCUAGGCCUAAUGAAUUUCUAUCGCAGGUUUUUGCCUCAUGCAGCAGAUAACCAAGCUUUGUUAAGUGACAUCCUAAAGGGUUCUGGUAAAAAGAAUUCGAAGAAACCAAUUAUUUGGACUUCGCUUGCAACAGAGGCUUUCGAAAAAUGCAAACAAGCACUAGCUAAUGCCACGUUACUUGCCCAUCCUUCUCCAACUGCCCCACUUGCUUUGCAUGUAGAUGCAUCUGAUCAUGCUAUUGGUGGUGCAUUGCAUCAGGUUGUGGACUCCAAAUUGCAGCCCUUAGGUUUUUUUCUCGAGGAAGCUCAGUACAGCAGAAACUCGGUACAGUGCUUAUGA